GUGCAAAUCAGACGCCGUGCUGUUCCUUUCCUCAGAAGCUAGCCGCCCGUAGCGACAUCGCAACCGUCAGGUCACUCCCGCGCGUCCACACUCAAAGACCCACAUCACCCAUGGAGCUGGUAGAGUCCUCACAGGGAAACACCGCAGUUACCUCCAGGCUUGUUGGAGGAGAAACAAAUGAGCCAGUCUUUAGGCUGAAUCUUCCAGCAGGAUUCAGCGUCGUGGUGGACGACGUGGACACGGGCAGCCACGAGCAGCUGCAGCUGGAGGCCGAGGAGCGCCUGGAGCCGCAGCCGCAGCCGCGCGCCAAGACGCCCGAGGGCGAGGACGCCCCCGCACCGGAGGAGCAGCCGCCAGACGCCCGUAUCCGCCAGAUACAGGUGGAAGCUGAGAGCCGCAAGAGCGAGUUCGCACGGCUGCUGGAGGAGCACGCGCAGGUGGUGAUGCAGCUGAAGCAGAUGGAGAGCGACGAGGCGGUGUUGGCGCCCCCUGCCACCACCACCAGCGCCUAGGCGCCACCAAGGCACCAGCCGCCGGCCACAGCCGCCACAGGCCUACGACGGCGAUCCGUCAUUUCUCUCGCACCGUCAUUCCUCCUCCACCUAACCCUCCCCUAUGUCCUCUUCCUCAGGGACGUGAACGAACCAGCUGUCGCACCACAGGGCCGAAUUUUCUUCGUCCCCUUUCUCUGUAAAUUUAGUAUUUGUCUUAGAGCACUAACGUUUCACUGUUGUUGUCAUUCAGUCUGUGUUUCUUGUGAGAUAACGCUAAAUUUACAUUUCGAAUAAGAUUAAUAAUAAACUUUGUGCAAAGGCCACAUCCGAGCCCAGUUCCAUCUCAAGCUCUCUGAGUCCACUCGCUAACUACCCCGCAUUGCCCAUUUACUUAUUUCUCCCAAUCUUAUAACUAAAGUGCAGCUACCCACAGAGGUCCAGUGUAAGCUUAAUCAUUGUACGGCAGCGAAGUUUGGUAGAUAUUCUAACGUGUUGAUGCGGAGUCGAUUUACGUGGAAAAAUUAGUUCCAGUUUUGUCCACCAGGUGCAAAUCUGGCGCCAUGAGUGCAAGAAAGACGUAUAAAAAUCCUUUCACAUGUAAUGGAUUAGAAAUGGGACACGGGAGGUCCAGUGUAAGCUUAAUCAUUGUACGGCAGUCUGGUAGAUAUUCUAACAUGUUGAUGCGGAGUCGAUUUACGCUGAAAAAAUUAGUUCCAGUUUUGUCCAUCAGGUGCAAAUCUGGCGCCAUGAAUGCAAGAAAGACGUAUAAAAAUCUUUUCAUAUAUAAUGGAUUAGAAAUGGGACACGGGUAGAAAAGGUGAAACGAGAGAAAGGCACAAUGUUGAUUUUAUUAGUAACUGCCACUUACACAAUGUGUUCAAUAUGAGCACUAGAGACAUUAACGAAUGUUGUACAGCGCCAGAUUUGCACCUGAUGACCAAAACAGAAAUUAAUUUUUUUUACAGCGUAAAUCGGUUCCGCAUUAACAUAUGAGCAUAUCUGGCAAGUUUCGCUACAUAUGAUAAUUACAGCUCACACUGUACCUCCGUGAGCAGCUCUAUUUCAGUUAAAACCGCCCGAUACUAUCUAGAAACAGUUUUGACUAAAAUUACUGCAGGCAUUCCAGAGCUGUACUGGAACAUACACAUAUACAUCUAAUUUUAUACACAGAGAGAGCAAAAUAUUUCGCUCACAGUGCCACAUAUUCAGUUACACUCUUCUAAGCGCUGCUCCUUAUUUACCAAUUAGUACAACAUAUGUCUUAGCCGUAGGAAACAAAAAAUGAUCGAGUAUAAAUCUUAGCUUUUCAGUUAGAUCAUGAAUACUGUCUACAUUUGGCAUCCAGUGACCAUGCUAGAAUGGAUGCUCUGUCCUCUCUUUCCAUCGAUCAUUCAUUUAAUACCUCCUGUCAGUUUCAAAAUUCGGGGUCACCAGCGCAUGGUACUCCCUCCACAUUCAGCUUACGAACUGGAAGCAUACACAGUGGAUGUCAUAGAGAGCAUGAUGUUAUUGGGCUUCGAUGUCGCUUUUCAAGCCAUUAUAUUUCAUUGAUAGAUGUUGCCAUGACAACUGAAUAAGGUUGAAAUACGUCUUUCCUGUCACAAACCAUUACUGCGUUGCUUAAAUAAUCUUUUUUUUUUAGUUUUAUUUACUUCACAGAGAGACUAAAGUUGGUCUGUUGAUACUAAUAAAGACUUAGUGACCACAGAUCACACAAUCAGCUACAAGUAUGCGUUUUAAAACACCAGCCGACUGGUUAUCGGACUAUUCUUUCUACCUUAUUCAGUAUGUAAACCAUGGUCGUGAAUACUAAAUAGCAAACGGUAAUCUGAUCCAAUGACCGUACCAGAUCGUUCGUGUUGUAUUAGCUAUACACAGUGUACCAAAUCUCUGUCGUUGUGCUCAUGUCUCCCCCUUAUUAUGUCGGUUUUCAUGCUUUAUCUUCCACCCUUCUCCAUUAGGUUUAGAUGUCUCCUUUCCAUUCCUAUUGAAUGUGCAGAUAGCGUCACCAGUGCCAUCUGGCGGCUCGAACUUUAAAUAUGAAGCAUUAUAGGAAAUAAGACCAUUACUGAUCAGAAUAUUAAUGCGCACCAAAAAAUAAAUAGUUUCUCACAGGUUAACGUCAAACUGAUGAUAAUUAGCGACCGAGAUAUAGGAGGAAAAAGAGAUAAUGCAUAAAACACGACAUUAUUGGCUGCUAGAUGGUAUUAGUGUCAACUAUCGCAAGAUACUUGCCAAAGGAUGUGCUAUGGUUUCAUGUGCCACUACAGGCAGGAAACAGAGUCGAGAAAGGAAUGCUGUUAUACAUCCAUCAAAAUUACUUUUAAGACUUCUUGGAGAAGCAUGAAAGUAUGUGCUUUUUACAAUCUUGAUAUUUUUGACAUAAACCGAUCUUCUGGAGCUAUAAAAUAUAUUUCAGAUCUUAAUAUCACAGUAGCACUUCUCUUCUGCUUGCCCACUGUUUAUUUCAUUUGGGUACCGUCUCUGACGCCAAACACAUAAAAAGAGGGAAAGCGAAAGAAUGCUAUUAUCUACAUUAUGAUACAACGUUUCAAACAAUUUUCUAAAUUUUUCGUGUGCUAAAUAACUAAACUCUUAAAAUUACGUUCUUACAAAAUAUGAAAUUCCAGUUCGUUAUACCCCCUAAAUAUUUCGACCACUUGUCUUCAGUCGGCAUGUACACGAACAUCCUUGCAUCGAUCAGAAUCUGAUAUUUUCGACAUUAAAGAUAUUGCGAAAGAGGAAAAAGUAUUUUUAAUACGAGAAUAAGCAGGGGAGUCUAUUUAUUGUCGUUAUCCCAGUCAAGUCAUGCAUUGUUCCGCUUCAAAAAUAUAACGAGCCAGUUUGAAAACAUGUUGAAAAAAAACACAGAAAAUUGUACAUUAAGGUACUACAACAUAGUUGAUAAAUAUUUGUGUUGUUGCAUGUUACAAAUAUGUAGUCUGGUUCAAUUAAGAAAUAUGAAACUAGAGUGAAAGAAAAGGAGUGGGACGAUUUGACAAUACUUUAUAUGAAUUAAUGUAAUUAUUGUGGAUAGAGGAUUGUUAUAAUUUACGUAUCAUGAGUAGUAAUUAGGAUUUAGAUAAUAAUACAUUUUUGUAUCAAUAUGUGUACAAAACUGAAAAUAAAUUUUGUUAACUA